CUAUCGGGGACAGAGGUAAUAGUUGUCCGCAGCAUAGAACGCUUAACGCACUGACCUUCUAAUAAAGAAAUAAGAAUCUGCGCGCGCCCAGUUUGUUUAUAACAGUGGCUACGGCGUGACGUAUAACAAAAUGUUCAGCUUCAGGUCGCGACGGUGCUUAGUGAGCAGCGUGUUGGCGGCGCUGGUAGUAGGCGCGUUGGUGGCGGUGCUGGUGCUGCAGCCGUGGGCCGGCCGCAACCAGGCACGCUACCGUCGCGCCGCUGUCGCUGCCAACGGAUAUGAGUGUGCUUCUAUUGGACGUUCAAUACUAGAACGUGAGGGAUCAGCAGUCGACGCAGCGAUAGCGACUCUGUUCUGCGAAGGAAUAGGUUGUGCACAAUGUAUGGGUCUAGGCGGAGGAUUUCUAGCCACAGUGUACGACGCCAGAUCGGGUCGAGUACGAGUUCUCAACGCGAGGGAACGAGCUCCAGCAGCAACUCGCCAGGACAUGUACACCAACGCCUCAUCAACUGUAGGAGGACUGGCUAUAGCCGUGCCAGGCGAACUGAGAGGUUACGGCGCCCUCCAUCGGGAGUAUGGACGCCUGCCGUGGGCAGAGAUCAUCCGACCAACGGCAGAACUCUGCCGUCAAGGUCAUCGCGUCAGCCAAUACAUGGGUCGCGUAUUGAAGUCUUACAGCAGCAGAAUCCACGCCGAACCAUCAAUGAGCGAACUGUACGUCAACCCGGAGACGAAAGAGGUAUGGAACGUAGGCGACCUGAUCCGCGAGCCCACGCUGGCCCGUACGUUAGACGUGAUCGCGAAGGAGGGCCCGGAGGCGAUACACAAUGGCUCUUUAACGGCGCCGCUGGUACGCGACAUACAGAAUUUCGGCGGCAUUAUCACAGAAGAAGACCUCAGGAACUACCAGGUAGAGUGGCAAGAGCCAAUCGCAGUGCCGCUGUCAGAAGAACACACGCUUUACUCAGUCCCGCUCCCCGGUUCCGGGUCGGUACUGGCCUUCAUCCUCAACAUGUUGCGCGGCUGGGUCGGCACCGGAACGGACGUAGCGACCGGCACCAAUCUUUACUGGCACCGCGUCGUAGAAACCUUCAAGUACGCGUACGCAAAACGUACCGGCCUCGGCGACCCUUCACGCUCUAAUCUACCCUAUGACAUCAGAGAACUAGAGCGAAAUCUAUCCGACGCCGCCUGGGCAAGAGAAUUCCGGAAUCUGGUAGACGAUACAAAGACAUUUUCUGAUUGGCGACACUACGGCGCACUUUUCGAAGGGGCUGACGACCACGGCACAGCUCACGUAGUCGUAGUCGCACCUGAUGGCAGUGUUGUUUCUGCCACAAGUACCAUUAACUAUAUUUGGGGGUCACAACGACGAUCUACAAGUCUUGGAAUAAUGUUGAAUAAUGAAAUGGAUGACUUUGCAAUUCCACACCGGGAGUCUGCAUAUGGAAUGCCUCCUUCUCCUGCAAACAUGUUAGCUGCAGGUCUUCAACCGUUAAGCUCAAUGGUCCCAAGCAUAGUGUUGUCUAGAAACGGAACAGCGGAUUUAGUUAUUGGUGCCGCUGGAGGCACGAAGAUAACGACACAAGUGGCCUUGGUGGCAAUGCAUACAAUACUUGAUGGUGAUGAGUUACCAGUUGUCAUACAGCGGCCACGUCUCCACCACCAACUGGUCCCAAUGGAAGUUGAACAUGAAGCCGAUUUUAAUCCGAAUGUCUUAACAUCACUUCGUGCGAGAGGUCACGCGACAACAGCACUCGGGCCGACAGCGGGUUUCGCCGCAAUGGUUGGCGCCGCACGUGACGCCGACGGCAUGCUCAUAGCACAGACUGACAGCAGGAGAAUCGGCAGUGUUGACGGUUUCUGAUAUCUCAAAAAAAAACAGUAGAUUUUAUUUGAUGUACACAAUCUAAAAUCAAAUUUGACAAUUUUAACAUACUUUUGAAUAAGAACUGAGCCAACUGUAAAUACAUAACAUCUGUCUGUAUUCUUACAAUUUACACCGA